CAUCUUCAGGCUCAUUAAUUAUGGAGGCGCCUGACAGGGGUAGCUUCGCUUGCUUUGUUUCCAUGGCAGAUGAAAGGGGACAUGGAUCUUUCUGUUUUGCCCAAUAACAACCAUCCUGACAAAUUCCUGCAGCUUGACGUGAAGUCUUUAAUGAGGAGCUCAACCCUUCUGCAGGCUAGCCUCGCGAGAUUUCCGGGUGCAAAUUAUCCUGCUCCACAACACUGGCAAAACCUUGUCUACUCACAGAGAGAAAAGAACAUUACUACUCAACGAAACAAGGGAUUUGGUGGGGAGAACCCAGUCCUUCCUGAGAGUCCUCCAGCCUCCAUGUCUUCAGUCAUGAAGAACAACCCAUUGUAUGGUGAUGUAAGUUUGGAAGAAGCUAUGGAAGAAAGGAAAAAGAAUCCUUCGUGGACCAUUGAGGAGUAUGACAAGCAUUCUGUGCAUACAAAUCUCUCUGGACAUCUGAAGGAAAACCCCAAUGACCUGCGCUUUUGGUUGGGGGACAUGUACACUCCGGGCUUUGACACUUUGCUGAAAAAGAAGAAGAAACGCAACAAGCGGUCCAAGUUGUGUCACAUGGGUCUGAUUUUACUCGUCGUGGCCUCCAUCCUGGUUACCAUAGUGACUCUCUGCACUCUAUUCGCUUAAGGAAGUUGCAAACCCCGCUUUAAAGCUCUAAAACGCCUUCUAAGUAUUUGCAGGAAAAUCUGUCCGUGCGUCGUGAAUGUCUGCGUUGCUAACUGUGCGACCAAGCGUCAUUGCCCUUUAGAACGUGAGCGUCGCUUGUGUUAUGUUGGCCUCUCUGCUUUGGUCUUUAAAACCUGUGUGUCAUUCCAGCCUGGGUUUGUCCUUUGUGAAGCAGGCUCACGGUAGCAAAAGUCACUUCCUAGAGUUACAAUCAAGCUUUAGAGAACAGGCUGCGGCUGCUUGUCUCCCUGCUUACCUGGUUUCCACAUCGGUCCUCCCCCGACUCCUCCUCCUCCUCUGAGGAAGCUGUAGCCCAUCUGCCCAACCGCUAGGAUGACCCGAAGGCUUCUGCUGAGCUAUCCCUCAGUUUAGAUCUGUUUUUACCUUCCUUUAUCUCCGCUAAAGUUAAAGGCAGAUAAAGUGGGAGGGAGACAUUGUUCAAACCUAUUCUAAUUUCCCCAGUCAUCCUUUCUGGUGAGCUAAAUUUAUGUUACUGUUUUAGCAGAAACAAAUUGGUCAGCCACAGUGGCAUAAUCAAUUGCAUUAUAUCCAAUCGUGCUUGUGGGUUGAUAGGAACUGGCAAGUGUGACCUCUAGUGGCAGUGGGUACGUGGUUUACCAGAAAUAGGGGGGUAGGGCACUGGAAAGACGCCAGGAAUGCUGCCACCCCUGAGCAUUCGACUGAAUGACAGGCCUGAACAAAAGAUUGUCAGAGAAGGGAGCUGGCUUUCAGACAUGGAGGGGAGAGGAGCAGUUGGCUCCUAACUGUAGCUUUUCCCUCAAUGGCAAUGUCAUUUUCUUUGUGUAUUUAUAACCUUCUGCUGGGUGCAGAUACCUGGGAACAAACCCCAGGAUGCAAAGAACCAAAGUAACCAUCUUCUCCCAGGACAUUCUUGCCGAAGGCUCUAAGCCCCACUUCUAAUGCUAUUUAGUGUGUGAAAUAAGGCUUUUCUUCUUCUUCUUCUUCUUCUUCUUCCCAAAGAGCUCAGUCCUCUCAUGCCCUGUGAUAACGCCUUACUAUCUCGCUGUAUUGCUCAUCAAGAUACUUGAAGUAUAUAGAAAUGAGGGUUUACUGGACAAAUAAACC